GAGGCCCGAGUUUCGGUCAGGUCUGCUGGAAAACACGCAUGACAUAAACGGCCUUGAGAAAACCACUGGCUUCACCUUUCAAGAGUUUCUCCGCUAUGCAGUUGGAAUUGAGCUCCACCUUCUCCGACGGCACCCGCUGCGUGACCUGAAUAUCCUCCUUGCACAUCAUCGAAAGAUCACGGAGUGCUAGCUGUCGAGCUGCAAAGAAGGGGGGGGGGUUGUCAACAACAGCCGGAAUGUCGUGGGAGUGCUGAUUCGGCGAGAGCUGGUUGCGAAACGUCGCACCGCGGGUGUCGACACCUCGCUCACCGUCUCGUGCUUUCGAGCCAAUGUGCUAGGGACAACACAAGGUUUCCGCCAGCAGCUUCUGCAUGCAAGCGCGAGGGGAUGCUCCCAAAACCUGUUUUUGACCCUACCGUGCGGCCAGUAGUCUCGUUGCACCGGCUUGGCCGACAGCCAUCGCUCUCUGGGGUGGGCUGGCAGUCUAGAGACGAUGGUUCAGACGAAACUGUGACCACUCUCGUUGGCCUAAACCAGCCGGAUCGGGCGCAAUUUUGCCGGUUUGUGCUGUUUCCCCUGGUUUUUAGGUGGCCCCGACAAAAAAGCCAAUGUUCUGAUUAACGCUGGAUGCGUAAUGGCUGCGGUCUACCAUGUGGAGAACGCGACAUGACCGGAACCGGUAGGCUCGAUCCCGCAUUCCGGUGCACAGGUAGAUAGAUGGUCACGUGGUUCUCGGUAUUUUGG